UAAGCUAUUCCAAAAACUUGACUGUGAGGUGAUUCGAUUUCGAUCCAGUAGUAGCGCUGAGAGAAAAAGAUGGAAUCAAGUGAAGACGACGGCGAAGAGCCACUUAGCCGGAUAGCGGAGUGGCGUGAUGUGACGCCUCUUCCUCAAGACGACGGUCCCAACCCUGUCGUCCCCAUUGCUUACAAAGAAAAAUUCCGCGAAACCAUCCUUCAAAAAAAAAAAAAAGAAUUCCGUAAAACCAUGAAUUACUUCCGCACCAUUUACAAGGCCGACGAACGCUCCCCUCGUUCUCUCCGCCUCACUCGACGAGUCAUUCAUCUUAAUCCUGGCAAUUACACUGUUUGGCAUUUUAGACGAUUCUUGCUCGAAGCACUUAAUUCCGAUCUGGACGAUGAAUUGGAUUUUGUUCAACGGAUUGCUAAUUCUAAUUCUAAGAACUAUCAAUUAUGGCACCAUCGGCGGUGGGUUGUCGAGAGAUUGGGAACUAAUGCUAGAGCCAAGGAACUUCAUCUCAUUAAGAGUAUACUAUCACUUGAUGCGAAAAAUUAUUAUGCCCGGUCACAUAGGCAGUGGGUGCUUCAGGCGGUAGGAGGCUGGGAAGAUGAACUUGAUUAUUGUCGGCAACUUCUUGAAGAAUAUAUCUUUAAUAAUUCUGCUUGGAAUCAGAGAUAUUUUGUUGAAACAAGAUCUCCUUUCUUGGGAGGCCUGACAGCCAUGAGAGCAUCUGAAGUGAGAUACUCUGUGGAAGCUAUUUUGUCCAUCCCAAACAACGAGUGUCCAUGGAGAUACCUCCUUGGUCUUUACAAAGACGACAUUGAAUCUUUGGUUAAUAAUCGGGAGGUCUCAUCAGAAUGUUUGAAGGUAAUAAACACGAAAAACGAAUACAUUCUCGCGCUGAAAAUGCUUCUCGAUCUUCUUUGUUACGGCUUCCAGCCAUGCCAAGAGUUUGGAGAUGCUGUAGUUGCUCCUUGGACUUCGGACGCUCACCCAUUAGAUCCUGAUUUGGCAACAACAAUUUGUGACAUCUUGGAACACGUGGACUCCUUGAGAGCAAGCUAUUGGAUAUGGCGCAAAAACAAGCUUCCUGUGUGUUGA